AUGCAAGAGGAGCAACAGCCGGAGGCUGCUGCAGAUCCAAUGUCCUCCUCUGAUGCACCAGAAGAUGGCCCAAAGGAAACGUCAAGUGUAUCGCAGAAUAUCUCUGAUGCAGAUGCAUUUAAAAUUCUUUUGGAGAUGAAGAUGAAGAAGAGGCAGAAAAAACCUAAUUUACCAAGCACUGUGACUGAGCUUGACACAGAGGAUGGUUCUAAAGUAUAUGUGGUUGGAACAGCCCACUUCAGUGACAGCAGCAAAAAGGAUGUAGUGAAGACAAUACAAGAAGUACAGCCUGAUGUAGUUGUGGUGGAACUAUGCCAGUACAGAGUUUCUAUGUUAAAAAUGGAUGAAAAGACAUUACUAAAGGAAGCCAAAGAAAUAAAUCUGGAAAAACUUCAGCAAGCUAUAAAGCAGAAUGGAGUCAUGUCUGGAUUGAUGCAAAUGCUGCUUCUGAAGGUUUCUGCUCACAUCACAGAACAGCUGGGAAUGGCCCCAGGAGGAGAAUUCAGGGAGGCUUUCAAAGAGGCCAGUAAAGUACCUUUCUGUAAAUUCCAUCUUGGAGAUCGACCUAUCCCUGUUACAUUUAAGAGAGCAAUUGCUGCACUUUCUUUCUGGCAAAAAGUCAAGCUUGCCUGGGGCCUUUGCUUCUUAUCUGACCCAAUCAGUAAAGAUGAUGUGGAGAAAUGCAAACAGAAGGAUUUACUGGAGCAGAUGAUGGCAGAAAUGAUUGGAGAAUUUCCUGAUCUUCAUCGAACGAUUGUCUCGGAACGAGAUAUUUACUUGACCUACAUGCUGAAGCAAGCAGCAAAGCAGAUAGAACUACCUCAAGCUUCAGAAACUGAACCUAGAAAAUAUAUCCCAGCUGUUGUAGUUGGUGUUGUUGGGAUGGGUCAUGUACCUGGAAUUGAAAAGAACUGGAACUCUGACUUAAACAUCCAGCAAAUAAUGAGUGUGCCUCCUCCAUCAGCUUCAAGUAAGAUUUUCAAAUUUGUCAUAAAAGCAACAGUUUUUGGACUGAUGGGAUAUGGCUGCUACCGAAUAGGUCAAAGGACAGUUCAGUUUAUUCUCUCGAUGCCAGCAGCACAGAGCUAUCUUCAGAAGCUGACAGAAAUAAGGUCUCAGCAUUGAACAUCGAGUGGAGGUACUAUGUGAGGAAGGUGGCUGAAAAAGGGUGAUAGAGGCAACAUAUGUGAGCUGGACUGAAAGAAGAGGGAGAUGAGGAUUCUAGUCAGAGGUGAUUGAUGCUGAGCAACGCUGAACCGAUAUUUGAUACUAAAGUUACACCAGCUAUGAUCUAAUGAAUAGGUUUGAUUCCUGGUAAGUGUGUUGCAUGAAACCACGUGAUUCCAGAUUGAGGUAAAAGAAAUAUGUACGCAAAUAUAUAUUAUAUAUAUGCAUACUGUAUAUAUAAUAUAUAUUACUGAUGAUGUAGUACAGACAGCUUAAAGAGUGUA